GGAAAUCAGUCAGAUUCCUGUAGGAUCAGCGCAAUCAGUGCAGGUACUGCUCUUUCGAACACUACGAGUUAGUUGACCGUUCGUGUUUCACUCGCGUUUUUACGUUAUUUUUCAACUUCUCCGCAGUACGCCCGUCUCACGAAUACUUGUUCGUCGCCGACCGCUAACAAAUAACAAACGGUUUAACCACUCCAUCGUCCGACUCCGUUUGUCCGUUCGUCGUUUAAUGAUAAUAACGCUCUGUUCAUCCGAACCCGUCCGAUCAUGUUGAAGGCCAGCAGUAUGAGCAAACAGAUGAAGUCGAUGGACGACUGCGGUCGGUCCAUGUCCUUCAAGGCACUGAAGGCCGCGUUCUCGUUGGAUACGUCGCCGAUGAGCCAGGAAGCGGCUGCGAUUGCGGAACGCGAGCUCCGCGAGACUCCGGAACAGGUGCAAAAGUCAUUGGCCGAGCUUCGCCAGUUGCUCAAAGAAAACGAUACGUUGACGUACAAGGACACUGACGAGUAUUUGAUGAUAUUCCUGAGACCGAACAAAUUCUACGCCCAGAGCGCAUACGAUUUGAUGGUCCGCUUGGCUACGUUCAAGGCGAAAAAUCAAAAAAUUGUUGGCAACCCGUUGCCGACCGAGGAGAAGAAACUGUUCACCGACAACAGUGUCGUCAACGUGCUCGUAGACCGGGACCACAAGAACAGAAGAAUCUUGAUCUUGAGCAUGGGAUCGGCCUGGGACCCGAAGCGUAUGACCAGCGAGGAGCUGUUCAAAGUGCUCUAUAUGAUCCAAGUCGCUUCUCUGGUGGAAGAAGAGACUCAAGUGCGCGGCGUAGUCAUAAUCAUCGACUUCCACGGUCUUUCCACCAAACAGGUCAUGGCCAUGUCACCGUCGUUCGCCAUGACAUUACUUCUGUACAUUCAAGAAUCCAUGCCGUUACGCUUGAAGGAAGUGCACAUCGUCCGUCAGCCGUUCCUGUUCAACAUGGUGUGGCCAAUGUUCAAGCAGUUCGUGGGUGACAAGCUCAAGAACCGCUUGUUCUUCCACGGCACCAAGAUGUCGUCCCUGCACAAGCACUUGGACGUGAACACGCUGCCCGAGGACUACGGUGGCAAGAAGCCCAAGUUGAACUACUCGAGCGCCGACUGGUAUCCCGUGAUGAGUGACCUCCAGAAUCACAUCGCCGAUUGGAACACGUACGGGUUGAAGACGAAAAACUAACGCACGCGUCGAAAACACAGCUCAUUAAAUCCGUUCCGCACGAGUUUAUUUGGAGCUCAUCGAACAAUAAACGAUGGUAAUAGUAAUAUCACGCAAAUACGUAACCGAUUAUUCGAGUAUCGAUAGUUGCACGCACAUAAUACACUGUUCUGGAUUUAAUGAGUCUUUUAUUAUUUUUUUUAAUAGAACAAAUACAACAUAUUAUACUAUAUAAAAUCAAAUAUUACUAUUAUUGUUAUUGUUAUUAUUAUAAUUAUUAUUGUUGUACCGGUGUAAUUUCAGUGUAAGCCGUUUUAGGAAAACGACAAUUAUUGUUCCGACCCGUCGUAGCGCUCGAUGCGUUGUUCGUGUAAAACCCUAUGCUAACCACCCGAACACGCUGCGGUCGUAGUUAGCAAUAUUUAUCGUACAAAUAGCUAAAAACGAUUUCACGUACAGGUAAACAAUACGAACGGUUAGUCGUCGUUUGAUUGUAUCACUUGUAACAAACUUAUUCGGUUUUUACACGCGGCACGGUAGAACGAAAAUAUUAAAUUUAAUGAUUAGUCAUCAAAUUUACGGGAAAAUAUCACUUUCGGUUUUUAAAGAUAUUUGAAAUUGCGUCUCAACGUCUCGGUAUCGCCUAAAUGUUUUAUACCUAUUUAUUUUUUUUGUUUUAUUAUAUUAUUGUU